AAACUUAUAGUAUAAUUAUGGGGUAAGCCCUAAAAGCUUUCUUGUGCACUUAUAUAACUCUGUGAAACAAACCAAAACCAAAACCAAAACCAAUGCAAGAUAUGAGUCAUUUUCUGCAUGUAUGUUUCAUACUCUUCUCAUUUCUUGCAACAAUCUCAAAUGCUCAAAGCAAUCAAUUCAAAGGAUCUAAAAAGUAUGAGGGCUCUUCUAAUCUGUUAGAUCUUGAAUACCACAUGGGUCCUAUUCUCACUUCUCCUAUCAACCUCUAUAUCAUUUGGUAUGGCCAUUGGAACCCUAAUCACCAAUCCACCAUCAAAGACUUCUUAUAUUCCCUCUCAUCUUCAUCCUCUCCCUCUCCUUCGGUUUCUGAUUGGUGGCGCACCGUCCGUCUCUACACCGAUCAAACCGGAGCCAACAUCACUAAUAGCAUUAGUCUCGCAGGCGAGUUCAUAGACUCGGGAUACUCUCAAGGAAAGUACCUCAGCCGCUUAUCGAUCCAAUCAGUGAUUAAGAACUCGCUUAGUGUAAAGUAUCGAUCGUUACCCCUUAACUACAAAAACGGUUUGUACCUUGUGUUGACAUCAUCAGAUGUUCAAGUCCAAGAUUUUUGUAGGGCAGUGUGCGGAUUUCACUACUUUACAUUUCCAUCCAUAGUGGGUGUCACACUGCCAUAUGCAUGGGUAGGCCAUAGCGGGACACAAUGUCCCGGUGUUUGUGCCUACCCAUUUGCGUGGCCCAAAUACUCAGGCACACCAGGUGCCCACAAAGGCAUCAUGGGUGCACCAAAUGGGGAUUUAGGGACUGAUGGAAUGAUAAGUGUGAUUGCUCACGAGCUCGCAGAGGUGUCAACCAACCCGCUCGUGAAUGCUUGGUAUGCAGGGGAUGACCCAAGCGCCCCGGAUGAGAUUGCGGAUAUGUGCCUAGGGACAUACGGGUCGGGUGCGGGUGGCGGGUAUGUGGGUCAAGUUUACAAGGACAGAAUGGGAAAUGGAUAUAAUUUAAAUGGUGUGAAAGGAAGAAGGUUUCUUGUGCAAUGGGUUUGGGACCCUGUGAGAAAGAGUUGCUUUGGACCCAAUGCAAUACAUUGAUACUUGUCUUCUUUCAUAGUUUAACUUGCCAUUAAGAUAUCAUUUCAUAUGAAUUCUAGUUUUUCAUAUCAUUAAAAAAUUAUGUUUAGUAUAUAUCUGAAUCCCAAUAUUUUGUUUUUUGUUUUUAGGUGAACGAG